ACAGUGAAAGAUCGUCGGUGAAAGACGUUCUCCUUUGCGACAUCUACCUUUCGUCCUCGUACCCUCUUCGGUCGCCGCGAAAUACAACGAUGUUGAUCUAUCUGACCACGCUACUAUUGGUAGCUUCUACGACAGUAUAUUCGAAACCAGCACCGGAACCACCUAGCUCGUACUUCCCUCCAUCGAGCGGUGCUAGUCUCUCAAGCGGUAGUUAUGGUCCCCCAGACCGCUAUGGGCCACCCCAACAACAACCUGUCGUCCAUAAACACGUUUACGUUCAUGUACCACCUCCGGAAGCGCCAGAAUACAAACCACCAAAAUACAUACCACCCGCAGCACCACCACAGAAACAUUACAAGAUUGUGUUUAUAAAAGCACCUACUCCACCAACACCAACAGCACCAGCUCUACCACCAUUACCGCCUCAAGAUGAAGAAAAGACUUUGAUCUACGUAUUGGUGAAAAAGCCGGAAGAGGCUCCAGAAGUUGUUCUCCCGACUCAAGCACCAACGCAACCCAGUAAACCAGAAGUCUAUUUCAUUCGAUAUAAGACACAGAAGGAACAACAAAAUGCAGAAUAUGGACCCCCACCGCAAUCACCUCCUUCAGAUAACUAUGGUGCUCCACCAUCAAGCCCUGGUGGUCCUUAUUAAAUAACCCUAUUCUAAAAGAAUGCUCUGAAUCAAAUACUCAAAACACGUGAAUCUCGCGAAUAAUAGAGAUUUUAGUCAAUAACAAUACUCAUUAUCUAUGAGAUUUUGAGAAAAUCAAUCUGUAAGUAAUGUGAUUACUAUUACAAAGUUUUGUGACUUUUAUGAUUAUACUUAGAUACUAUUUAUCUCUGUCAAUGAUAAUAUACUAAAGACACUUUGUAAUGUUAAUAUCAUUAACCAUAAGUUAAGAUGGAAAUUCAUGCAUAAUACUUGUAUUAAUUUAUUAUAUGUAUUACUUUUAUCUCUAUUAAUUUCAAAUUAUUAUCAAAUGAAUCAGAAAAAAAGUUAUAUAAUCGGAAAUAUCUUUACUGCAAAUUUCAACAUUAUUUUAGAGCACUAUUCACAAAGGAUUAUCACGUAUAGA